AGAUGAACAGCUAAAUAUUAUGAGUGAACCAAAACAGAACAUAACACUUGCAAGUAUAAUAAAUGUUCUCUCAAGUUUUGACAUUAUGAGUGCCUUUCCAAAUUUGUAUUGUGCUUAUAAAGCAUUAUGUACAAUUCCAGCUUCGUCAGCUUCAGCUGAAAGAAGCUUUUCAAAGGUUAAAUUGAUCAAAACUAGACUUAGGUCGACAAUUUCCCAACAAAGGUUGGAGAGUUUGAUGUUGAUCUCUUGUGAAAGAGACAUACCAAUCGAUAUUAAUGAAGUUAUAAACAAAUUUGGAUUGUCAUCAAGUGUAUUGAAAAAAGAAUUAAUGUUUGGAUAAUUUUAAUAAAACAGUAUUUAUAU